UGUGUUUACAAUCAGCUGACAUCCGGCGUCUUCUCGUCCAUUAGCGGACGAGUUCCACAUUCAGUCUUGUCCAUCUGCACUCGAUAUUUCCCCCCGUCAGAGAAGCGACACUCGAUGAUUCUUCCACGCUGCUGAAUGCGCAUUUUGACCGCCGUCGUCAAAUGCAGGGCUCUGGCCCCGUCUGCUGCAGCUGAAGCAAACCCGUCCUGCCUCCUCUCUGCUCCGGCUACGCUGCCUUGUCUCCUCGCUGAGUUAUGAGCACCCACCAGGACCUUGACAUGGUGCACCUUCGCCUCAUCCUGGUUAGCGGGAAAACGCAGGACUUCACCUUUUCGCCAAACGACUCGGCCACGGACAUCGCGAAGCACGUUUUUGAAAACUGGCCCACGGGAUGGGAGGAGGAGCGGGUAAGCAGCCCGAGCAUACUGCGGCUCAUCUUCCAGGGACGCUUUCUUCAUGGCAACGUGACCCUCGGAGCAUUGAAGCUGCCCCCGGGCCGAACCACCGUCAUGCACCUGGUUGCCAGGGAAACGCUUCCAGAGCCCAACUCUCAUGGUCAAAGAAACAGAGAAAAAACUACAGAGAGCAAUUGCUGUCUCCUCUUGUAAGGAAACCGCCCUUCCCCUUCACCCUGAUAUAAAUAAAUACAUUAUACUAUAUCAGCAGACAGACACACACACACAAAAACAUACACACGCGCGUCCUCUUCUUGCCAGUCAUCCUGUCAGUGGUGGACGAAAUCACUGGAAGUAUAGUUGAUGUUUUUGUUUCAUCCUGUCAGCUUUUUAAUUUUUUUUAUUUUUGUGCCAACUUCUUCAUGCAUAACGCUUAACUCAAAAUAUUUCCACAUUUGCAUUUGUGCCCGAACUGAACUGCUGGACACCCUCCCUCCACACACACACACACACACACACACACCUGAAUAGAGCCCGGAUGCUUUUUUUUUUUUUUUUUUGUGGAUCCCCAGUUCUGACCGAACGCUGUUAACCCCUUAAUGCACUUAACCCCGUUUCAUGGCCAGUGUGUAUUGUUGUUCAUCCUGCGCCUCCCGCCGUCUCCUCCUCCACGGAAGUUAUUUUCUCUCAAAACACAGUACUUGUGCCAUGUUCUUCAUCCCACGUUUCUGCCUCAGCACCGGUUGGCAUCUGUGCCAUGAAAAUCUUUGUUUCUUUGUUCGGACCAACGGAAAAAGGGGCAAAGAAAAAGGAAAAAAAAAAGACUCGAGGAAGGAAAAAGGAAAAGGGUCGUCGGCCUCAAAAGGGAACAUGCUGUGUGCCCUGUGGGUCACAGCAUGCAAGUCGAGCUGAAAGUUGAAGUGGGAUUCUUCGGGGGUGGGAAAAGGAAAUUGUGGAUUUGCCCUCCUGUUUAGUUGAAUGCCGUCUCUACUUCUCGUUUGCCUUUUAUCGUGGAAUCCAGUAAUAUCAUUAAUAUUGAAAUUUAAAUAUAUCGAUUUUUAUCUUGUGUAUAGGUAUUUGUUUGCGAGUGCGUGCGUAUGAUUGAUGCUUGGUGGUGGGGGGGUAGCGUCACCGAGGGAGCGGUGACGAGCUUUGCUACCAGGUGGGAAAAAAAUGGAACUGUUUUACGUUUCCGAGUGCCCUUUGCGUUGUGAUCUUUUUUUUUUUUGUCUUAUCAGUGUCACUGCUAUGAACUCUAGUCCAUAUGAAUUCAUGUACAGACUAACACGCAAAGUGGGCUUUCGGCGCUUGUAUGAUAAAGUGAUCAAUCUUGAAAUUAGGCAAACGCGCCCCACUUUUUACUCUGGAGAAAAGCUUGAAUGGCUGCCUAAUGUCUCUCCUCGUGUCAUCUGUUUUAUACGCGAUGUACUUUAAUAGGCUGUCUUUGAAAUGGUUGACUUUUGGUGUAUUAAGUAUUAAGAUGACCUGGAUUUAAUGGCAUAUUGUAUAGAAGUGUGAAUAUUAAUAAUAAUAAUAAUGAAUUCUGUCUGAAAUAAAUUCCUCUCACCCAUGUAGAAAA